AUUACAAUCAGUAGAAAUGCACGAAGAGGAUUUAAUGUAAAGAGAGGGUAAGAAUGGGAUGUGGUGUUUAAUAUCAUAGAGUGAUAUUUUCGACACAGUGGAACCUCCAAAGUUGAAUGCCCCCGUAAAGUCGGACGAUUUGGGGUUCACAACAUCAUGCUUGACAUCGGCAAAUCUCGAGACUUCAGUUCAGCAAGCAGAUAAUAAUUCCUUGAGUGUGAUUAUCUUUUUCUUUUAAGGUACAGCUAACUUUACAGAUAGGAGAGGAAAUUGGAAUGUUAGUGUUCUGGAUACCGUGAUGAAAAGAGAAACGGGGGGGGGGGGGGGGGGGGGUAUGCUAUUAUAUUACGCCCCCAAAUAAUUGUAAAGCCCCCACAAGUUGUCCAAGACACAUCUGCCGGUGCACUUUCAAUCAUUUUAUUGAACAAACGGUAACAACAUAUACGCCUCAUGAGCACAUUAAUACACAAGGUGCUUUGGCCAAACGGGCAGUCACUCUGUAGUACGCAGACUGGCUAACGGUUGGCCAGUUAACAGUCAGCCGGUAACCUGAGCUCACAAAAGCCAAAUCUACAUUCUCAUUCGCGGACGGUCGCACGUCACUUGACCAGGCCAGGCAGGACAUUAUAAACCCAACACACUCAAAAGUCACAUUAUAGUCAGAAACAUGAGGAAGGUAGACGACACAAAUACCUGCACCUUGUGCACAUCUCUUCGGUAAAUAAUUGUUUUCUCCGAUUAUGUAAGUAAUCAAUGCAGUAAUUAUCUGUUCUAAAAGUAUUUCAUAGCUGUAAUAGUAGACUAAAUAAUUUUACUAAGCAUUACAUGUAUGGCAGGAGUCUUCAGAGUGAGUUUCUUUUAGAUUUCUAAUGCAGUUGUUAACUUUUCUCUUUAUAUCUGUGUAAGGUACGAAAUGAUAUUUAAGAUAUGAACGGUAGCGUAAAUACAGAUUUCAUCAUGGUAAUGUUUAGUCAAGAACAAUUAAAAUCACUUUACAAUAUUUUGUAUGGGGGUUUUUCUUUUUUUUUUUUAAAGCCAUGUUUCUUCACCGAUUGUUUGACCUUGGAGAUUCCACUGCAUUACUUAAUGUAAGGUUACACUUUCUUAGUACUGAGAGUCUAAGGGUGUUGACAGUGUAUUUUAAGUCAACUGGUUUUCUACAGUAAACUUGUUACUUGGCUGUUUUUAGAUGAGGCCACAACUAUUCCAAUGUUAAUUGUGAUAUCCAUUCUGCCAACAUAUAAAAAAAAGACACCCGACAAUAUUUUUCAAUGAUUGUUAGAUGUAAUUAAAAUAAAAGUGGACGUAGUGUUUAAUGAAUAAAAAUCGGGGCCCAUUUGUUGUGGGUCUCUACCUGUGUGAGGAAUGCUGUUUGUUUGCAUCUGUGUUUUUCAUAUUACAGACGUGGGUCCCCCUGGGAUAUUGAAGGCUAGCCGAUAAGGCGCAGCCACGCUGGAGGCAAACCAUUAAUGGUGCCGCCGUGAAUUUGACUCUAGUGACGCCCGAGAAGGCCAUUAAACUGGCCGCCAAUGACUUUUUCCGCCACCACUUUGCGAAAAAUGGGCAGGGUUUGACAGUGUUCAAAGAAAUGCUGGCGGGCUGCGGUGCGGGCAUGUGCCAAGUCGUUGUCACCACGCCCAUGGAGAUGCUCAAGAUACAGUUACAGGAUGCAGGCAGACUCGCUGCCCAGCAACAAAAGCCAGUCAUGGCGUCUCCCUCCAAGCUGGUGGCCACCAACACGCUGCUCAGUCGCUCCUACAACUCGGGAACUGUGAGCGCGAUGAUGGCGCCGCGACCCGUGUCGGCAACGCAGAUCGCCAAGGAGCUCCUCCGCACGCAGGGCAUCCAGGGGCUCUACAAAGGCCUGGGGGCCACACUCAUGAGGGACGUCCCCUUCUCCGUGGUCUACUUCCCGUUGUUCGCCAACCUGAACCGACUCGGCCAGCCGAGCGCCGACCAGUCGUCGCCUUUCUACUGGGCCUUCCUCUCGGGGUGCGCGGCGGGCUCUGCCGCUGCGGUAACCGUCAACCCCUGUGACGUGGUCAAGACCAGACUGCAGUCACUGAACAAAGGUUCCGCAGAGGAGACUUAUAGUGGAGUAGUCGACUGUGUCAGCAAAAUCUUACGCAAGGAGGGACCGUCCGCCUUCCUGAAAGGCGCCGGCUGCCGGGCCCUGGUCAUCGCCCCGCUGUUCGGCAUCGCCCAGGUCAUGUACUUUGUCGGCGUGGGCGAGUACAUCCUGGACAACUCCCCUCUCGGCGUCCUGUCACCGUGAGGUGCCACCACCGCCGCGUGCGCACGGGGGACCGCUCGGAGACAAGAAGGAUGGCCGCUACUGGCAGCUACGUUCUAUCAGUUUACAUCCACGCUAGGAGGAAGCAGAAGAGUUGUUGCACUUGAAACACUUUUGGUGGCUUAACUCUCGCUCUGCCUCAGCCCGCGUUUGCACUUUGACGAUGUUACUCCUUUUUUCUUUUUUUUUUUGGGGGGGUCCGAAUAUCUCCUUUUUCCACCUCCAUGAGGGCAGGAGGAGCUAAAAGAGACACACCUCUUUUAUUUUCAGUGUUUUACAUGGUCUCUAUUUGUUCCUUAGUUACUGUGGGUGACGCCAUUGAAAGCCUCCCUACACGUGAAGUCGCUAAGUGUAAAGAGCUUUUUUUGAUACCACCUCGUCACUGUGAAUCUCCUCCAUGCACAUUGUGUGCGUGUCAGUGAAUGUGUUCUGUCCACAUAGUCCGUUCAUUUGCAUAUGCAUUUACAUGAAAUUUCAUCUGGCGAAGAUGCCUUUGAGUGAAAAAAUUCCACUGUUCAUGCAACUUUUUUUUGUACUGUGUAUGUAUGACUAUACACACAUUAAAUAAUGCAAUCUAG